AUGGAGAAAAAUGGAAGUAUGAGUGAAAGUAACAUGCCAAAAGACUACAAAAGUGGAGGGAGAGCAACAAAUAAAACCAUUAAUAUAAAAGACGGGAAAGCUCUGGUAGAUUCUUGCUUGGAAAGUAGCACUGGUCAAGCAAAAUUUCGUGACGGAGGAGAUUUGCUUGGUGAGUUUCCAUGGCCUCCCAGAUCAUACACGUGUACUUUCUGUAAAAGAGAGUUUCGAUCUGCUCAAGCACUUGGUGGUCACAUGAACGUUCAUAGGAGAGAAAAAGCGAGACUUAGACAAAUAACUCCCCCAAAGUAUCUUGGUUUUCUUCAUGCACACCUAAACCUUGAUCGAAACCCUAACCCUAACCCUAACAUGUCAACGACUUUUGCAUUAAAGACAUCAUUGUUUCCAUCAAUGCUCUGA